GGCGACCUGCAUGACCCGGAAGCCGUGCUGGCGGAGAAGGAGUAUUUCUGGGUAGGAGCGAGGUGACCCCGGCUGCAGGGGGAACUGCGGCAGCCGCAACGAUGGGGGCGCAUCUGGCCCGGCGAUACCUGGGCGAUAGCUCGGGGGAGCCUGAUCCCCUGCGGAUGCCCACCUUUCCGCCGGACUACGGCAUCCCCGGGCGCAAGGAGCGCGAGAUGGUGGCCACGCAGCAGCAGAUGAACGACGCCCAGCUGGUGCUGCAGCAGCGGGACUACUGCGCCCACUACCUCAUCCGGCUGCUCAAGUGCAAGCGCGACAGCUUCCCCAACUUCCUGGCCUGCAAGCACGAGCAGCACGACUGGGAUUACUGCGAGCACCUCGACUAUGUGAGCCGCAUGAAGGAGUUUGAGCGGGAGCGGCGGCUGCUCCAGCGAAAGCAUCGGCGAGAAAAGAAGGCAGCAGACGCGGCCAGGGGCCAUGGGUCCGGUGAGGUAGCCCCUGAGGUGGCCCUGUAGGGACGUGCUGCCACCUUGUGGACCAGUUGAAGAAAUAAAAGCCUC